CCGGAUUCUGUUGGGUGACUCAUCCACCACCAACUCACGCAGCAACGCAAGGGGGGCACAUCAUCGCUGUCCAAGGAAAUCCUCCAUUUCCCUUCUUCCCCCAAGGGCCAUCUUUUACUCAAUUCACGGAAGAGGGGGACAAGACUUCAAACGUCCUUCCCCCCCUUUUCCACUUUAGAUACCAAUGGUCUCUAUGGUCGAGACCACCAGCCAUCCCAUUCAAAAUGAGCCGGCCACGGAUCCGGUCGUGCCUAAAUCGGAGCCGAUGGCUGAGGGUUCAAUCAGUUCAGCAGUGUCAACGCCUGAGGCGGAUGGCGAGAUCCUAACCCAGGAUGUGGCCCAGACACAAAAGCGAAAGGGUGGACGAAAGCCUAUCUACGCCACAUCGGAAGAGCGAAAGCAACGCAAUCGCCAGGCCCAGGCUGCCUUCCGCGAGCGUCGCACAGAAUACAUCCGUCAGCUUGAAUCAACUAUCAAGCGAAAUGAGGAGUCCCUUCAGACGCUGCAGCAGAAUCAUCGCACCGCUGCUGAUGAAUGCUUAAUGCUACGCUAUAAGAAUUCCCUACUGGAACGCAUCUUACUCGAAAAAGGCAUCGAUGUUCAAGCUGAACUGCGACUCAAAGCCGGGGCCCCUGGUCCGGCUCCCGCCAAGCCCAACCCGAUGACGACCAAGCCCCCCUCUGCCUUGGAGCGCGCGGCCGUAAAUCGCAAUUCCGCCCAAAGACACCCUCAAGGCAUAGCUCCCAAGGAACCUUUUGGCAUGUCACAACACCGCGAUAAUGCAUAUGGCAUUCCCUCGCCGCAAUAUCAGGCCACGCCUCCUUCCCAUGCCUCCUCCCCCUCUCACGCCAAGUCCCCCGGCUUCCCCUUCCAAGGUGCGAUGUCGCCGGCUGGUGUUGAUCCGCACACUCAGCGUUCGCAGAUGAUUGCCCACUCGCGGAACUUGAGCCAGACGACUCCUCCGAUGAGUAUCGGCCAGCCCGAUACGGCUGACCCGAAAUCUGCUCUGCCUGGAGGUACGGGUCCGCGUGCUGGCCGUGUUCCCUCUGCCUACUACCCUUCUCCCUUCCAGAAGCACUACGAUCAACUAGAACAAGAAUAUGAUGCUCAGGCAGACAUGAUUGAUGACGAGCAUGAGUCAGCUGUAGGAGCCCCAUCCUAUGUGUCCGGCUACAACAACCCGAGCUCCGUGACGCAGGGUGCCCAUCCGAUGGGACAGCACGGUCUCAAUCAAUAUCAUCCACACACCGGCGAAGGGAGCAAUGGUGCGUAUGGUGCCACCAACGCCCCGACAACCUCGUCCAACCAUCUCUUGGGCAACUAUGAGCCCAUGUUAGAUGCCGAUCCGUUCGGACUCAGUGCCAGCAUGCACUUCCAAACCCCUUUUAGCUACGAACAAAACAGUACGCGUCAUUGAUUUUUUGUUUCCUAUGUUUGCUUCUUUUCAUGCGUCGCAUGUAUGACUUCUCAUCUACGGGUGAUGCUCGCGAGGGCCGAAUCAGGCUUCUUUACCUGGCCGCCCCUCC